AUGUGUAAAACUCGACCAUAUGUCGGAAUAUAUGGCAAUGAAAAAACCAUUGAAGUCCAAGAAAUGAUAACUGCUGUUAAAGCAUUGGGAGGGAUUCACGACAAAGAGUUUGAAAAUAAUAUGA